GAAAUUAUAGAAUGGCAUCAGAUAUAGGUCCAAACUGAAUACUUUUUUGAUUAUAGUGUUUCCGAUCGAAAUAAAUUGUGACAUUCGAAGUUUAUUAUUGAAAGCACACAAGUUUCGUAAAUUGUAUUUGUGAAACGAAGUGAAAAAGAAAGAGAAAGUAAUUUCUACUGUUACUAUAUAUUGAAUUCACUUCUCAAAAUGGUAAAUGAUGAUUUUUUUUAAUUAAAAAUUGUUUCGUACAUUCAUUGUUUUGAAAAUCGCGUAUAUCAUAUAGCAUUUGUUCUGAAUGAGCAUCAUAAAGGCUUGUAUCUGUUCCGUAUUGUGUGAUUUAUCAAACACGUGUUGUCGGAAAUUCUUUGAACUAUUUGCUAAAAUAGUAUUUUCCAAGUAUUGUUGUAAUAAUUUGUGGUAAUAAAAAUGUCGAAUUUCAAGCCACCUGAUUCUAAAAGAGAAGAAUUUAGAAAAUAUCUGGAAAGAGCAGGAGUGAUGGAUGCUCUUACGAAAGUACUUGUGUCUUUAUAUGAAGAACCAGAAAAACCAGAUGAUGCUUUAGAAUAUAUUCGUCUAAAUCUAGGAGGCAUCACAGAAGUUGAUGUGGAAGUACAAACAUUAAAAAAAGAAUUAGAAGAAGCUAAAGCCAAAAUCAAUGAGUUAAAGACAAAAUUGGUGAAAUAUGAAGCAGAUGAAGGAACAGAUUAAUUCACGAAGAUUUAGUUAUAAUAGGAUACUAGUCCCUGCUGGACACUGAUUUUUACAGAAAGUCAGAUCGACUAUGUGCCUUAAAAAUAGAUAUAGCAAAUCACUUUCUGAUACAGUUUAAAACAUAAGAUAAAUUAAGUUUCAUGCAAAUUCCAUUAGUUAUAAGCCUAUUUCUUAUCAUGUUCACAAAAGUAUAGAUGAUACUUUUUAUAUUUGUUUUUUAACAAAAUUAUAUGUGUUUAUAACAUAAGAUCUAGUUUGUAAUUAAAGUAUACAAACAGGAUGAUAAAUUAGAAAGUAAAAAUCAAAUUAAA